ACUGCGCCUCCUCACGUGACGCGCUGUGUUUGUGUCUGUUAGCUUAGCGGCUACACGGAGAGGAAACAACACGAUGAGGAAGCGACAGGGAGGCAAAACAACACGAGACCUCAACAUGAAACACUGAGGAACGCGCAGCUUUGAAAAACAGACUGUAUUCAAACAUAUGGUCUGUUUCAAACCACUGUUUUGAAUAUGCUGCUUUUGUAUAUCAGGGCUUAUUGGACGUAAACACUGCGACUAGUGUCAUGAGAAGCAGCUCUGAGCUCCAGUCAUUAGUUGAACUGAAAGUCAAGACAAGAUGAAUGCUCUGGUGGCGCUCUGUCACUUCUGUGAGCUCCACGGGCCCCGGACACUUUUCUGCACCGAGGCCCUGCACCCUCCAUCCCCAUCCCCAGCGUCCCAUGCAGGGGUCCCAGCCCCCGGGGACAGGGACCGGGACGGUGACCGGGAAGGUGAAGGGCUGACCAUGAGAGCCAACAGCUCGGCCACGCAGAGAGGAGAAAUGUGUGAGGGAUGCCGAUCUCUACCUGCGUCUCACCCGGGCUUCAUGAGCAUUGAUGAUGAAACGGGCAUUCGCUUCCUGAGCCACCAGCAUCCCAGAGAGCCACAGCUUUUCAGCGUUGUACGCCAAGCUUGUGUACGCAGCCUCAGCUGUGAGGUAAACAGUGAUGUGUGUCCAGGCCGUGAAGGGCCAAUUUUCUUUGGAGAUGAGCAACACGGUUUUGUGUUCUCACACACCUUCUUCAUCAAAGACAGCUUGGCCAGGGGCUUUCAGCGGUGGUACAGUAUUGUCAUGGUAGCCAUGGACAGAAUAUACCUUAUCAACUCUUGGCCUUUUCUUCUACGCCACCUUAAACUCACAAUACAGAGCCUGCAAAGCACUGCUCUCAAGGUGUUUGACAGUGAACAAGGAGUUUGCCCCCAGCGAGCUGUGAGGAUGAACAGUGCUUUUUCACCAGCAGUUUUCCCACAUCAAAGGAGUGGCAACGCAGCCCGAUCGCUAACCUCUCUCACCGAGCAUCCCAACCUCUGGGCCAGCCUGCACUCCUCCUUCAGCUGGCUGCUGAAGGCCUGUGGCAGCCGUCUGACGGAGAAGCUGCUGGAGGGGGCCCCCACUGAAGACACACUGGUGCUUAUAGAGAGACAGACAGAACAAGAGGAGGAAAUGAGCUGCUGGGAGGGAGCCGAGGGGGGGUCUUCAAAGUCACGCCACCAGUCAGUGAAUGAGCUGGGCCAUGACUUCCUGUGUGACGACACCAAACUAGAGGAAAUUCCUGGUCCGAAAUUUAGGUCCCUGCGACAUUUAAGACAGGUUCUCGGGGUGGCUGACUUCAGGCAGCUAGCGUGGCACGUGCUCAUGGGAAAUCAGGUCAUAUGGAGAGGCGCUCACCCGGGACUCAUCCAAUCAGCGUUUAUCGUUCUGAAGUCCUUGCUCCCAGUUGGCUGUGUGCGUUCUGUGCCAUACAGUGGUCAGUAUGAGGAAGCCUACAAGUGCAACUUCCUGGGUCUGAGUCCAGAUGUGCCCAUUCCUGCCCACGUCAGCUCCUCAGAGUUUUCAGUGCUGGUGGAUGUCAGCAUCGAGAGAAACUGUCAAAUCUCAGCUGUAGGAGACGAGGAUAUCUGCUCACUUUAUCAGUUCACCAUGAGCAGUGCCAACCCACAGCCCACUGACAGGGGUCCAACGUUACUCAACAAGCUUGAGGUGGCUCUGUCCAACGAGAACUUGUCUGUGGACGUGGUGUCUCACUGCCUGCUGUGUUUGAAGGAAGAGUGUAUGAACAAAGUCAAAGUGCUGUUCAAGUUCUCCAAAGUGGACGGGCGAGGGAGGGAGGACACGCAGAAGGUCCUGGCCCUCCUUGGUGCCACUGGGCCGGGCGAAGAGGACAAUGUCAGGCUUCUCAAGUUCUGGAUGACUGGACUCAGCAAAACUUACAAGAGUCAUUUAAUGACGGCGGUCCGAGGAGGGGAGAGGAGCCCCAGCCAGUGACAAAGAGAAGAGAGGAGGAGGAGGAGGAGGAGGGGGGGGGGGGGGGGUAGCAUGGGGUGAAGAAAAGGGACAUGGAAAGAGAGGGGGAUUUCAAAGAAAGGAAAGUGAAAGCGAGAAUCAGUUUUGUUAACUGGUUGGGACUUUUUGUGGAAUGAAAGACUCUGAGCUAAUGACAGAUGCCUUGGCUCAUUCAUUAUUGUCUAAUGUGCAAGAAAAAAGGGAUUCAUUAUGUUUCUUGCCCUGAAACCUUUUUAACAGUUGCGAUGAUUUAUGAGGGCUCUUAUUUGUCAAAGGGAAUUAUUGCAGUCCACCACUUUGUACUAUUAUGUAAAGUUUAACUUAUUACAAAAAGGCUUUGCACUUUGUUUACUCUUUCACUGAUUGUAAAAUGAAAUAAAUUCAUGUGAAGGGUCA